AUAGCAACAAGCGCCUUUAAAAUCGAAUGCACGUAUUAUUAAUUUAUCUCGUUAAAUUUAAUUAAUUCGUAAGUUCGUGUGUUUGCUAGUCUUUCGUAAAUGAAGCUGUAGUUUUUAAAUAUUUUUAAGAACAAAAACUGCUGAAAGAAAAUGCCCUCAAAAUUAAAGUUUCGACUGAUAGAAGCAUCAAGCGAAGAGAGAGGUUUUGAAGCCAAAUCACUGAAUUUCCAAUCACCGUUCAGCAAUGGAUGGAAAUCUUCAAAGAGCUGCUCCUACCCCCAACAACUCGUCCUGCAGUUGGAAAAUCGAUCAAAUGUAAGGAAGAUACAGAUCAUGGUUCAUCACCAGCUCAUUCCUGAGAUCAUAGAGAUAUGUGCAGUGGAUGCAAGAGGAGCUGGCAAUCCCGUCGUCCAAUGUUUAGGACAUGUUAGGUGUAUGGAUAGCCAGCAAAACUCAUACAAAUCAAGAGAGAUGAAAUCCAUCUAUGUUGAUGUAACUAUUUCUUGUAUUAUCCUAAACUUGCAUAGAAACUUCACCAAUCCUUCAAAUCCUCACAAUCAGGUGUCCAUCGUGGCCAUCAAUCUGCUUGGUCAUUGUCCUCCAAGCCAAAAUGGAGAUCAGUCGUACUCGCCCCUGGACAGCUUGGAGUACCUAAUGACCAACGACCAUCAGAUCAUCCAAAUUAUUUGCUCUCUCAGGAAGAAGAUUCAGUAUUUAAAAGUUAAGAAUGACGUCAUGGACAGCACUGAAAUCGAUUCAACUUGCUCCUCAAUAAUCAAGUUGGAAGAAGUAAGCAAGCAGUUGGUUUCUAUGGAGUUGAGGAAGAUGAAGAUGCUUGAUGCUGCCGAUAAUGUGGGAGCCCAGCUGGUGAAACGAAAGAUGGACCAGCUGAGAUUGAAAACAUACGAGGAUCUGCAUCUCAGGCGUGUCAUUGAAAGGGAGAUUGCACAAGAAGAGGACGACGAUGAUUUUUGCAAUUCAGUCUCCAUUCAAAUAGUUCCUUAUGAGGAAUCCAAUUUCAGACUGAAAAAUGUGAAAACUGGCUCAGAGCUGAGAACAACAGUUGGCGAUGGUAACGACGUAAUGAAGCAUGACAGUGAUGUUGAGAUAGAGGACAGCAACUUAACAAGCAAUCAAAUUCCAGAUAAAAAAGGUGAGGACAAAAAAUCUGAGAAGGCUAAACUUCAUAAAACAUACAACAUUUCUAAACAACGUGGUCUUAUUGAUGAUGUCCAUAAGACAAAAAAUAUUUUCAAAAACAAUGAAAAUAAUGAAGACGCUAAUUUCAACAUGAUGAGUUUGGCGAACCUGCUGCCCAACAACGUUUAUGCGAGUGCCAAAAAAUAUCCUGAUGAUUAUGGAGGUGUCAGUUUAAAUAUGAACCCUGAGAUGCACUCCAGCAAUGACAACCUGGUAGUUAGUGGUGGAGGUGGACGGUUACCAUCUAAAUCUCCCAAAGAACUCAAAACUCAGCCAGAUGAUCACAGCAAGUCCAUCAUUAGAACGUCCAAGAAAAAUAAAAAUUCACCUCAAAGCAAGAAAUCAACGCGGCGGUCCUCUUUUACUAUAAAUAAGAAUGAAAAUGAUGAUGGCGAUAAGAUGAAGAUGAGUGAGGAAGAGGGCAGCAAAACGAGGAACAUAACUGACAAUUCAGAUUUAAAGAAUCAAAAGCUCUCUGUUCGCAUGGAGGGCAAGGGCUACAUUGCAGCUCCUGUUGAAACGAGUGCGUAUGCUUCUUACGAAGACCGUCCACUGCCUACUCAUCGAAACAAAAUGUUGGUUUUUUUUAUCUAA